CUAAAAACUAAAGGGAACUGUAAUAAAAGGACUUGAAAAACCCAUCAUUUUCUGCUAAUUUUUUCUGUAAGAGAAUGCGCUCCAAAGACAGAAUUGCCUAUUUCUAUGAUGGUGAUGUGGGCAGUGUUUAUUUUGGACCAAACCAUCCAAUGAAGCCACACAGACUUUGUAUGACACACCAUCUUGUUCUCUCUUAUGAGCUACAUAAGAAGAUGGAAAUAUAUAGACCACACAAGGCAUAUCCUGUUGAGCUUGCUCAGUUUCAUUCCGAGGAUUAUGUUGAAUUUUUGCAUCGGAUUACGCCGGAUACUCAGCACUUGUUCGCGGGGGAAUUGGCUAGAUAUAACCUUGGAGAAGAUUGCCCUGUCUUCGAAAACUUGUUUGAAUUUUGUCAGAUUUAUGCUGGUGGAACUAUAGAUGCUGCACAUAGGUUGAACAAUCAACUGUGUGACAUUGCUAUAAAUUGGGCUGGUGGAUUACAUCAUGCAAAAAAGUGCGGGGCAUCUGGUUUUUGUUACAUCAAUGACCUGGUUUUGGGGAUUUUGGAGCUUCUGAAACACCAUGCUCGUGUUCUGUACAUUGAUAUAGACGUUCAUCAUGGUGAUGGUGUUGAAGAAGCCUUUUAUUUCACUGACAGGGUGAUGACUGUGAGUUUUCACAAGUAUGGAGAUAUGUUCUUUCCUGGAACUGGUGAUGUUAAGGAACUAGGAGAAAGAGAAGGAAAAUUUUAUGCUAUAAAUGUUCCACUGAAAGAUGGAAUCGAUGACACUAGCUUCACUCGACUAUUUAAAACAAUCAUUUCCAAGGUUGUAGAAACUUAUCAGCCAGGUGCAAUAGUUCUUCAAUGUGGAGCAGAUUCGUUGGCUGGGGACCGCUUGGGCUGCUUCAAUCUUUCCAUUGAUGGGCAUGCAGAAUGUGUUAGGUUUGUGAAGAAAUUCAACUUGCCCUUGUUGGUUACAGGAGGUGGGGGAUACACAAAAGAGAAUGUUGCUCGAUGUUGGACCGUUGAAACAGGAGUUCUUUUAGACACAGAACUGCCCAAUGAGAUUCCAGAAAACGAGUAUAUUAAAUAUUUUGCUCCUGAUUAUUCAUUGAAAAGUCCUGGUGGACUCAUGGAGAACUUAAAUAGCAAAUCUUAUCUUAGCACAAUCAAAAUGCAAGUACUAGAGAAUCUUCGUUGCAUCCAACAUGCUCCAAGUGUACAGAUGCAAGAGGUACCUCCUGACUUCUUCAUUCCUGAUUUUGAUGAAGAUGAGCAAAACCCUGAUGAGCGCAUGGAUCAGCAUACCCAGGACAAGCAAAUCCAACGCGAUGAUGAAUAUUAUGAAGGCGACAAUGAUAACGACCAUGCGGAUGGCUCAUGAACUUGAGCCAUGCCGUUUUUUGUUUCCUUGAGAGGAUGAACUUUUGACAGGAAAGGGAAGACGUAAAGAUGUAAAGGAAAGGCCACAUGGAUGGUCUUGUUGUCUGUGCUUAUGGAUUAUUUGUAAAUUGUUGUUGCUCAUUUGUAAAACUUCUCUGUGCAUUCGCCCAAGUCAAAAGCCAGUGAUUUCCUUGGGAUAAAUUGGGGCACACAUGUAGCACUCUGUCCUCAAACACUCCAAUUAAACUCUUCGAAGUCCAUGCGAGGAAUAUACUUUUAACAUCAUUUGAAAAA